CAGUGUGCCGUCUGUAAUAUGGGAUUCUCGCAAUGUCAGCUUAAACCUAUCAAGGCCCAUCAGGCACCGCCCGAACGACCUCUCAAAAGUAUCGUGGACGACCUGCAAGCUCAAAUUGUUGUGCUAGAAAGUUCGCAGGCGACACCAGAUAUUCACGCCACUAUUGCCAAGGGGAAGACAAGGAAGCGGUUGAUGCUGCAAUGAUUCCCCUCCUGGCCGACUAUGUUUUUCGCUACCCUGACGGCGCGAAAGAGGUGGCCAAGAUCGACAAGUGGAUGGGCGAGGGCACGUAUCGUUACACUGAUCUGGAGCGUCCUGUGGUGAAGAUGCCGAAAUUGACCAAGGAGGAGCAAGAGGUGUUCGGAAGUCAGGAUAACGAAAACACAGAUGACAGCCAAAGCGACCAAAGCCAGGAAACUGAAGAUGCCAUUGUCCAUGAUGAAGCGGAGGAUACGGACGGCUCAGAUACCGAAGGCGCGGAUCUGUUGGAGCAAGAAUCUGAGCACUCCGAGGACGGCGACAAUGGAGACGAAUUGGAUUCCGCAAACGACGAAGGCGCUAGCUCGCGCGCCUCCGUUGCGGCCGCAGAAUCUGAGGGAAUAGAUGAGACCGGAUCAAUAGACGCUCAAGAAACGAUGAAUGAGAGCGCACCAGCGUUGGAAAAUCAUCAUGUAGGAGUCAAUUGCGAUGGAUGUGGACAAGAAGAUAUCGCGGGAACCCGUCACAAGUGCAAACAAUGCGCCAACUAUGACCUCUGCACUGAUUGCCAUAGCUGCGCCUCGAUCAUCCAUCCAGAACAUACCUGGUUCAAAUUCGCCUACCCUGGUGAUAUCGGUCCAGAAACCCACGAGCGCACGCGAGCUGACUUAGCUGUCAUGCUCAAUGGGCAUCCGGGAGUCGCUUGCGCUCAAUGCCAAAACCCUCAGAUCUAUGGGAUCAGGUACGUAUGCUGGACUUGCGAGAGGUCCUUCUGCGAGCGCUGUCACGAGGAAGUUACUGUCAUCUGCGAGGUCGAUAAUUCAGGCGUUCCCUGUUGUGGUUUCUACAUCAAAGAGCCUCCUGAAGGGGAAGCUGAUGAGGAAGAGCCUACUGAAGAGGGGCCCGGAGAAGAGGAAGACGGCGCAAUCGAUGGCGCCGAAGAUGUUAACGAAGACGAAGUGGAACGUCCACCACAGGAGUUCGACUGCACUCCAGAAAUUCAGCGUCUGGCCAAACUCACCAACGCUGUAUUGUUGACUUGUAUCUAGAUCGCUCAGAAUAUGAACAGCGGCCCGACAUUGUUGAGCCGCGAAGACAUGAC